UUAUUCAAAAUAAAAACAAUUAAAUACCUCAACAUGUCUGAGAUGGGAUUUGAAAAUGUGUUUUAUCUUGAGAACUUUGAGUGCGCCGGCGACGAGGUGCUCGUGGAGUCGUCGCCGCCUGCCUCCCCCAACAUGGCGGCGCGACUCGCGGGCCCCACGCAGGGUGCGGGCACAGGCGGCGGCGCAUCGCCUAAUACUGUCCGUGAGCUCAUCGUUAUACCAGAGAUACCUAACUCCAUACAUUUGCAACAUGCCAUCCAACAGGUGUCUAAUACUGUGGUGGAGGUGAACGGCGACAGUUCAGGCCACUCCAGCCCCACUGCGGACGCGCAGCACACCUACAUUACAGUAUCUAUGCAGGGCGCAUGGAAUCAACCAGUCGAACCGCAGCUAGUCAAGGCCGAGCAACAGAGUGAUCAAGAAAGCAAGUGCGAGGGCGGCAAUGGGGUCAACUACCACGUCCAGUAUGUGGAACCCCAAGAUAUUUAUACGCAGAAUCAUCAGCCGCAAAUGGAGCAGUUGCGCUCGUACCCGGUGUAUGGAGUGGCGACAGUGGGCGGUGCAACCGACGCGGCUGAUGGCUGGCCGCCCGCCGCCGGGUACACCGCCUACGGCGUCGUCGUGGCAGGAGAGGAUGCGGAAGUGGAGGCGGAGGGCGAGGCGGCGGCGUCGCCCCCGUCGCCGGGCGCGGCCGCCGCCGCGGGGGGCGUCGCGCCGCCGCGCAUGCCGCCCGCCACCGUGCAGUGGCUGCUCGACAACUACGAGACGGCGGAGGGUGUGUCUCUGCCGCGGUCGACGCUGUACUCGCACUACCUGCGGCACUGCUCGGCGCACCGCCUGGAGCCGGUGAACGCGGCGUCGUUCGGGAAACUCAUCCGGUCCGUGUUCGUGGGGCUGCGCACGCGCCGCCUCGGCACGCGCGGGAACUCCAAGUACCACUACUACGGCAUCCGCGCCAAGCACCUCCAGCACGCGGCGGACGCGGCCGACGACGACGACAAGGCCGAACUCACUGAACAGGAGAGCCGCGAGCCCGAGUCGCAGUCGAGCCCUGCGGCGACAGUAGGGGCGGGCGCGGGGGGCGCUGGGGGCGCGGGCGCGGGGGCGGGCGCGGCGGCGGGCGGCGCGCUGGCCGGCAUCGCGCACCGCCAGUACCUGGGCGCGGCGGUGGCGCCCGACCCGCCCGACUUACUGCUGCACUCCAUGCCCGACGCGGCGCCCGCACUGCGGGACCACUACAGGUCGUACGGCGCGGAGUUCCUGGAGGCGGCGGCGGCGCUGGAGGCGGGCGCGGCGGAGCGCGCGCGCCGCUCGUUCUGGCGGCGCGCCGCCGCGUCGCUCGGCCGCCGCGCGCUGCGCCGGCUCGCGUCGCGCCGCGAGUUCGCCGCGUGGCUGCUGCGCGCCGACCUGCGCCUGCACCAGUGCACCGUCGACAUGCUCAUGCCCGACGUGCUGCGCCCCAUCCCGCCGCAGCUCACGCAGGCGAUUCGCAACUUCGCAAAGAGCGUGGAGAGCGCGCUGGUGGCGGGGAGCGCGGGCGCGGGCGGCGCGGAGGGCCGCGCGGGGCGCGCGGGGGCGGCGGCGGCGGCGGCGCUGGCGGCCGCGCUGCGUCGCUACACGUCGCUCAAUCAUCUCGCGCAGGCCGCACGCGCUGUGCUCACCAACCACAACCAGAUACAACAGAUGGUGUCGGACCUGAGCCGCGUGGACUUCCGCGUGGUGCGCGAGCAGGCGGCGUGGGCGUGCUCGUGCGGGCGCGCGGAGGCGAGCAGCGCGGGCAGCGCGGCGCGGCUCGAGGCCGAGUUCAAGGCGACGCUGGCGCGCGGCGCCGCGCUCGAGCAGUGGGCGCUCUGGCUCGACGGCUGCGUGCGCGCCGCGCUCGCCCCACACGAGCGUCGCGCGGACUUUGAGCUACGAGCUCGUCGGUUGCUGCUUGACUGGUCAUUUUACUCUUCGCUCGUCAUCCGUGAACUUACACUCAGGUCGGCGGCGUCGUUCGGUUCGUUCCACCUGAUCCGCCUGCUGUACGACGAGUACGUGUCGUACGUGAUCGAGCGCCGCGUGGCCGCCUUCCACGACACGCCGCCCAUCGCAGUCAUGCAGCGCCUGCCUGAAGAGGACGAUGACGGUUCAGAGGAGAAGGAGUCGUCUCAUGAAGACGAGGAAGACGACGACUGGGACUGGGAGGAUGAGGACGAGGAAGACGAAGAGCCAGAAGCCAAGAGGACCAAGCUACAUUGACUCACGUGCGUGGCCCUCGCUCACUUCAAAUAUUUAAAUAUUUGAUUUGUACCACUUAUUUUAAAACUUGCGUUUAGUACACAUUAUUAAUAUAGUUAAACGAAUUUUAACACGAAUAAUUUUAUAGUAAACAAAGAUAUUUACCUUUCUCUACAUUUCCGCUAGGUUGCACUAGCUGUAGUCAGAAAUUGAGGUAAACUAGUCGAAACGUCGAGAAAGGUUUAUGUACCAUAAAAUUAUUAAUAAAACCCUUUUAACUGUAUUAAUAACGAUUAUCUGUACGUUUGAUUGUUUGUAAUAAAUAAACUCAAAAAUACUGGAUCGAUUUGAAAAUAUAUAUCACCGAUAAAUUAAAUUUUCAAUCUAUGUUAUCAGUAAAUAGGUAGUAUUCCACACGGGCAGAACCGCGGG